CGCCCACUCCUAUACGUCACUUCCGAAACGUCCCGCCCGCUAUCCCCGCGCUUUCUCGUCUGCCGGCUACGAACUACGACUCCCGGGAUUCCCCGCGCCGUUUUCCAUCAUGGCGGCGGGCGAGAAGACGCGUGUGAAUGAAAAGACCCCUGAGGGGGCAACAAAUCCGCCUGGGUACCGAGCCAUCCCCAUCAAGUUCACCCAGGAUCAGGCUUCCUGUCACUUCCUCUACGUCAAGCAGCACCGGGUUCGGGGGGGCGCCAAGUCCGGCUGGCCUUCGGACCGCACCCUCUUCGUGCUCAACGUCCCCCCGUACUGCUCAGAGGGCUGCCUGGCCCAGCUCUUCUCCGCCUGCGGCCCCGUGCAGUCCGUGAGUCUGCACGAGAAACCCGACCUCUCGGAGAUGCCCAAGACCACCUCGUCCGAGUUUUUCUCUCCCAAGUCUGUCCCGGGAUUCCAGGUGGCCUACGUGGUGUUCAGGAAGCCGGCGUCCGUGCCCAAGGCUGUGGCUCUGCCGGGACCUCUGAUCGCCUCCACCGAGAGCCACCCAGUGAAGACCGGCAUUGAGAAAUGGAUAGCGGAUUAUGCGGAUUCUUUGGUGGACCCAGAAGCCCUCAGGGUGGAGGUGGACAAGUUCAUGGAGGAAUAUGACAAGAAAGCAGCUGAGGAAGACGCCAAAGCAGAGGCGGAGGAGGGGGUCCCAGAUGAGGAGGGCUGGGUGAAGGUGACCCGCAAAGGCCGGCGGCCCGGCCUGCCACGCUCGGAGGCUGCCAGCCUGCGUGUGCUGGAGAAGGAGAAGCGCAAGAAGGCCCGCAAGGAGCUGCUCAACUUCUAUGCCUGGCAGCACCGCGAGACCAAGAUGGAACACUUGGCCCAGCUGCGCAAGAAGUUUGAGGAAGACAAGCAGAGGAUCGCUUUGAUGCGCGCCCAGCGCAAGUUCCGCCCCUACUGAGCCAGGACGCCCGUUCUCCCCGCCCGGGCUAUGGCCGACCCCCCAAGAAGAUUGAGUGCGGAGCCCUGGGUGCCCAGCUCCACAGACUGUGGCCGGUCUCCAGAAGAUGUAAAUAAAGGACAGAGAGCCCUUCUGCCCA